AUGUCGAAUAACGGCCUAGAUAUUCAAGACAAACCCCCAGCCCCUCCGAUGAGAAAUACCAGCACUAUGAUUGGAGCUGGCAGCAAAGAUCCUGGAACCCUAAACUACGGUUCCAAACCUCUGCCUGCAAACCCAGAGGAGAAGAAAAAGAAGGACCGAUUUUACCGAGCCAUCUUACCUGGUGAUAAAACAAAUAAAAAGAAGGAGAAGGAACGGCCAGAGAUUUCUCUUCCUUCAGAUUUUGAGCAGAUUCACGUUGGUUUUGAUGCUGUCACAGGUGAGUUUACAGGGAUGCCAGAGCAGUGGGCCUGCUUGCUUCAGACAUCAAAAAUCACUAAGUCAGAGCAGAAGAAAAAUCCGCAGGCUGUCCUGGAUGUAUUAGAAUUUUAUAACUCGAAGAAGACCUCCAAUAGCCAGAAGUACAUGAGCUUUACAGAUAAAUCAGCUGAGUAUUAUAAUUCUUCUAACACUUUGAACUUGAAGACGGUAUCCGAGACCCCUGCAGUGCUACCAGUUUCAGAAGAUGAAGAUGAUGAUGAUGAUGCUACCCCUCCUCCGGUGAUUGCUCCAUGCCCAGAGCACACAAAAUCUGUAUACACACUGUCCGUGAUUGAACCACUUCCUAUUACUCCAACUCGGGAUGUGGCUACAUCUCCCAUUUCACCUACUGAGAAUAAUACCACUCCGCCAGAUGCUCUGACCCGGAAUACUGAGAAGCAGAAGAAGAAGCCUAAAAUGUCUGAUGAGGAGAUCUUGGAGAAAUUACGGAGCAUAGUGAGUGUGGGCGAUCCUAAGAAGAAAUACACACGGUUUGAGAAGAUUGGACAAGGUGCUUCAGGCACUGUGUACACUGCAAUGGAUGUGGCCACAGGACAGGAGGUGGCCAUUAAGCAGAUGAACCUUCAGCAGCAGCCGAAGAAACAGCUGAUUAUUAAUGAGAUCCUGGUCAUGAGGGAAAACAAGAACCCAAAUAUUGUGAACUACUUGGACAGUUACCUCGUGGGAGAUGAGCUAUGGGUUGUCAUGGAAUAUUUGGCUGGAGGUUCUUUGACAGACGUGGUAACAGAAACCUGCAUGGAUGAAGGCCAGAUUGCAGCUGUGUGCCGUGAGUGCCUGCAGAUCACCCCAGAGCAGAGCAAACGGAGCACUUUGGUGGGAACACCGUACUGGAUGGCACCAGAGGUUGUGACACGGAAGGCCUAUGGGCCUUGA